ACGCGCGACUUGGAGCUGAAAGUUUCGCCAGCAAACUGGAUUUUCAUAUUUCACAAACAACUUUUUGCGCUUUAUCCACAGCAGGAGCGAUCAGGACAUCCUUUUUCUCACCCUUCGCCUUCGUUUAAUGUCCCCACAGCGGAGCACUUGUACCCGGAGCGUGCGCGCGGCGUUGACGCACAGGAUCAUGGACAACAGGCCGGUCGGGAGGAAGAGAAAAGGUGCCGUUCUGCAUCUACUCCUGGCGGCCACUUUCCUCGCCUACAGCUCCCAGCUGCUGGUCGUGGAGGCCCACUCGUGGUGGUCUUUAGCCCUGACACCCAUCCAGCGGCCAGAGAUGUACAUUAUUGGAGCUCAGCCCCUCUGCAGUCAGCUGUCUGGUCUCUCCCAGGGUCAGAGGAAGCUGUGUCAGCUGUACCAGGACCACAUGGUCUACAUCGGAGACGGAGCCAAAACGGGUAUCAAAGAGUGCCAGUACCAGUUCAGACAGCGGCGGUGGAACUGCAGCACUGUGGACAACACCUCCGUGUUUGGUCGGGUCAUGCAGAUAGGCUCCAGGGAAACGGCCUUCACCUACGCUAUCAGCGCCGCCGGCGUGGUCAACUCCAUUAGCCGGGCGUGCCGCGAGGGUGAGCUGUCCACCUGCGGGUGCAGCCGCGCCGCUCGACCCCGUGACCUGCCGCGAGACUGGCUGUGGGGGGGCUGCGGCGACAACGUGCAUUACGGCUACCGCUUUGCACGGGAGUUUGUAGACGCCAGGGAGAGAGAGAAGAACUACCCACGCGGUUCACCUGAGCAUGCCAGAACGCUGAUGAAUCUGCAGAACAAUGAAGCAGGCAGACAGGCAGUCUAUAAUCUCGCCAACGUCGCCUGUAAGUGCCACGGAGUCUCUGGUUCCUGCAGCUUGAAGACCUGUUGGCUCCAGCUGGCCGACUUCAGGCGCGUCGGAGAGUUUCUGAAGGAGAAAUACGACAGCGCGGCCGCCAUGCGCAUUGGACGCAAGGGAAAGCUGGAGCUGGUUGACAAGCGCUUUAACACCCCGACCCCGGAGGACCUGGUCUACAUCGACCCCAGCCCCGACUACUGCCUCCGGAACGAGACCACGGGCUCUGUGGGGACACAGGGCCGCCUCUGCAACAAAACCUCAGAGGGCAUGGACGGCUGCGAGCUGAUGUGCUGCGGCAGAGGAUACGAUCAGUUCAAGACCUACAAGCACGAACGCUGCCACUGCAAGUUCCACUGGUGCUGCUACGUCAAGUGCAAACGCUGCACGACGCUUGUGGACCAGUUUGUGUGCAAAUAGAGAGAGUUGAUGGACGGACAGACGGGGACAGGGGGAUACAGGCGAAGGAGGGCUGACGUGAUCUGAAGGAAGAAAUGGAUGAAGGAUGCGGGGAAGAGGAUUUUAACUUCCAUCUUUCUGACAGAGCUGUCACCAUUUUUCCUUCUCUCCUGCGCUGGCGGAAUAUAAACAGCUCUCUUGUAGAAUGAUGGAUGGACACAUAAGGAAGAGGAAUGGAAGGUCUUCCUCCCUGUGCAAAACCUUGAUCGCAACCUUGGAGGCGAGAAGGACGGAACAAAAAGCACACGGACCAAACAGGACACGAGGAUAAAGAGAUACGGAGGGAAAAUAAACAUAAAUAAAUAAACAUAAGGAUGCUGUUAUUUAAAGAGACGUGUGUGAUGAAUGCAUGAACCUGUAACACCCUGUCUGUGUGUUUGGGAGUCCUCCAAAUCACUGCAGCCACGUGGAGUUUGGAACCAUUUAAACGUGUCCAUUUCGUGCAGCUUUGGACCUUUAACUCUGGACUGUUGCAAGAGCAGCAGUCACUCAUCAAAGAGGAACACAGUGAUUCAGUGAACGUUUCAUCAUUCAGUGGUCAUUUGCGUUCAUGGUGGAACUCGAGUUGCAACCCAAACGUGGUCCGUUGGACUGGUUAAACUGUCUUGAUUUUGCAGAACUAUGUCCCGUCCACUCAUCUUAAUCCGGUAAAAUUUAUGGCUUCGACAUGUUGCUGAACUACAACAAGGGGUCAUUUUAUUUGGCUCAAAGGGCAAAACAGGAAAAUCUGCACAACUCCAUUAUAUUUUAAGGGUCAAAGGUCAUGUGUAUUGCUAGUACACUGCUGACCCCAGCAGUUUCAUUCAUUUGCUUCACUAUGUUUCAACACCAGGGGGCGAAACACCAAGUUCAUUACUGGUUUGGAAACAGGUGGUGAAGUAAUGAGGCCUCAUUUAGUACAGCAGGUGAAGUCUUCCUUUUUUAAAUAUGGAUUCCGGAACAAUGUGCAAAGGUUUCAAAGGUUACAGGGUCCAGGAGGGUGUCUUUGAUAAACCGGAAUAUUCAGUCGUUGUGCAGUGUCUCAACCGUGGCAGAAUUCCCAACAUUUCUUUUUUGUCCAUCACAACCUUUGACAUGCUUUCUUUAUUUCACAGGGAGUUUUUCAAUAAGUGCCACGGUUGUGCUGAAGUUAUACUACGGUUCUGUUUACACACAUCACAUGGUCCAAGCCCGGUGCCUAACGUCAUGAAACUGUUCACUCGAUCACAUUUAUGGGAAACAGUGAUCUUCACACGCCAGUCACAACUCUGGAAUGCAGAUCUGUCAAAAGCAAAAACGUGACUUAACUUGUCAGUGACACGGACAUGAUGGCGGGCACACCAAAAAGCACACAAUGUGUCCAGCAGGUGGCAGAUGUGAGUUUAACCACAGCUUUUAGUAAGUAAGUCCUUUCGGCUGCUCCCUUGUUUGCACUUGGGGUCACCACAGCAGAUCCAAGGUGGAUAUACAUGUUGAAUUGGCACAGGUUUGAUGUCAGAUGCCCUUUCUGAGGCAACUCCACAUUACAUGGAGAAAUGUGGCAGGGGUGGGGUUUGAACCACGAACCUUCCGCACUGAAACCAAGUGCACUAACCACUUGGUUACCACCCCUAUUUUCCAUAAUCCCUACAACUGUUCAGCAAGUGGUAGACAUGUCUAUGGACUAUUACAUAGGCAAAUAAAGUUUUUAUCCAUUGGGGAAUCAAAGCGAACCACGAUGUACCAUAUAUUCCAGAUUAUAUGUUGGUCGUGUUAGUUCCAUCUGUCCAGGAAUGAAUUCUGAUGCAGGGGAAAAAUGUGUAUAAGUUGUAUCUUUAUAAGUGGCAUUAAUUUUUAAACAUGGUGCUACUGCUUCAGGCAACAAGAAGCAAAAUUUAUUUAAUUAGCAUAUUAUUUAUUUAUAACCAUAUUAGCAAGCAGAAGCUAAUUACUUUCAUUGUACUAGUCACAAAGAAUUCAAGAGUAAACUAAAUUUUGCCACUGAAGAGAUUGAAUCGUGCACAUUUACCUCACUAAAUGUAAGUAAACUUUUUAAAUUAAAUAUCCAUUGCAAAAACAUUAGCCUUAGCUUAGCCUAGUUGUCUGCCGUGCUAACCUCAGGGUGUCCCUCAAAGUGGAGUGCCAAAUUGUAUGAAGGUUAUUCCAUCUUUUUUAUUCAAGUGCAUAUGAAGGUUGUUCCCAUUGUUAUUCAAGAGCAUGGUCUUUCAGUUUGAUAGCAUGAUAUAUUAAUUUUGCUUGUUCUUUCACAGCACGUCCUCCUUGUUUGAUGGCUCUUGGCAUCCAUAAUGAUAUAUUACCACCACCAUCUUCAGUCCUGGAUUGUGUAGACAGUGCCAUCUUGUGGAUAUACAAAAAACGCAUUCAAAAAUGUGACAGUGGAGAAUACAGUAAUCACUCUUAGUGUGUGGUAUUUAGUCUUGUGCAAGAUGAAAGCAUUUAUUAUUUUUAAGUUAUUGUCUCUUCACAUUAGAGUAAGAGUUGAUUUAAUUAUGGGUAAAAGCAGAGGUGGGCACAGUUCCGCUAAUCCGAUAAGUAUCAAAGCUAACAUUUUCGUUAGCGGAUUAGCUUUUCAGAUAACUUUGAAAACCAUCAGCAGACCAAUUAGCUUCCGAUAAAUUUA